AUGUCCGGGUUUAAGUUCAAUUUAAAGGGAAAACCUGCAACUAAAAGUAAGGUCAUUAAACCUAUUAAGCUUGGUGGUGCUCUAAAAGGAAAACAACCAUUGAAAAAAACAAACAUAAGGCUAGAGCAGCAUGAUUCGGAUUCUGACUCCGACUCCGAGAAGGUGGUAAGCAUUGAUUCCUUUGGCAAAAGCGGCGCUUCCCAGGGCAAUAUCUCCGUAGAUAGCAAGGCUAAACAUGGACCUUUAGUUAUUAAACAACAACAUGCACUGGACUGGAAACUGAAAUUAAAGGCGAAGUCAAGUAAAAUCGUAGAUGGGCCUAAGGAAAGUGAAUCUUCUGAACUAAGUGAUGAUCAACUUAUACGGCAAUCGUUAAUUUCGGGUGAAAAGUUAGAAACAGAAAAUGGCCUUGUAAUUAAUGUCAAUGAUAAAGCUGAAGAAGCAGAUAACGAGUCAUACGACACAGUUCCAGUUGAACAAUUUGGAGCUGCAAUGUUGAGAGGAAUGGGGUGGAAACCCACGAGAAAGGGAAAGAACUCCACUGACGCUGACCUAAACAAAAAGGUAAUAGAAAGUAGGCAGCGUAGUGCUAUGCUAGGGAUUGGAGCAAAAGAAGUUGAAAGCGAGCUAAUGAAUUCCAAAUUGAAGACUUUUGAAGUUCCGAUCAUCAAGCGUCUUAAAGACUCUGGGGAGGCAAUUCACAAUAAGUAG